GGUAAGCAUAUCAUGGCUGGUUUCCUCCGACACAGAGACACAAAUAAAGACGAUAGAUUGACGAGAGAGAGAAGCGCAGGAUCAAAACCUUCUAACAUAUUCCUGCUAUCUCCAUUCUCAGAUAUAACUAUGACCCAGUUCGCCAUGGUUGAGGAAUUGGCAUCGCUUGUUAAGGACAAUCUUUCGUGCAAGCAUCUUAUUCUGUCGGUGGAAGAGGCUUUGGUGGACUUCCUUCAGAGUGAUACCAGUUCAAGUGGACUCUUGCAGUUAGAACCAAUGAACUCAUACAACCGUCUUCUCUUGCAUCGUCUUGCAGAUAUAUUUGGAUUUUCCCAUGAAUCUGUUGGUGAAGGAGAGGAGCGGCAUUUAGUUUUGGGGCGGUGCCCGGAGACAUCAAUACCCUCCAUCCUUGUCAGUGAUAUUUUGUGGCAGUGUGAUGAGCCUGAAUCUCCAAUGACUUCACAUCUAUUAUUAAAGAGGUCAGAAACCCCUCCAGUGUUGAGGAAAUCAUCUCCUUCGCUUCAAUAUUCACUGGAGGAGAGAGAAGCAGCAUAUGUGGCAGCUCGUGAGCGAAUAUUUUCAAGGGAUUUGGGUGAGGUAAAGGAAUCUGUAACGCCAAGACAGCGCACUGAUCCUGUGGUAGCACGCCGGAUGAUAGCACAUGCCCUCGGCAAAAGAAUUAACCCUACCAGUCAGGAUGCAACCUAUCAAGAUUGCAACGUCUCUAGAGAGCAGAGUGAUAAAUUGAAUAUUCAAGCCAAGGUUGAAGCUGAGACCAAUUUUCUUGUGGAAGCUUUUCAGCAGACCGUCACCCCUUUGGACCAAAAUGUGAACUCCCGUGGUGAAGUAAAAAAGAAUAACCGUAGUUUGAAUCCCUCACUGCUAACUCUGAAUGAAAGGAAGACAAACCAAAAACAAGAUGAGAAGUCUGAUGCUGUCAGCGGCAUAUCUUCGAAUGGAAGAAAAGGACAUGGUGCAGAUGAGGAAGACAUCAAAAGGGAACAUCUGGGUGCGGCCAAGAGGAUGUUUGCUCAUGCCUUAGGAACACGCUCAGGAAAGAAUGGUGUUUCAUCAAAAGGCAGUGAGAUAAAGCAUGUUGACAGGGAGUGAAGUUAUGAACAGGAUAAUGGUUGUCUGGUUCGUUUGAAUCGUUUCUCAUGGCACUCAGCAGUCAGCACACGUAAAUCGGAGUUGUUGGGGGUCUUGAGUCAUAUCCAAGAGUCUUUAUGGGUAGGUAAUGAUGGCUCGGAUGGAGAUGCAGGGCAAAACAAGUGCUCCUCUUGGUGCAUUUUGUCUCACUCGCAGACGCACAAUGACAAUCCUCAUAGCCAGCUGAUAUGUGCAGAUAUUUGAGCAGCCAUUCGUGUAAUAUUGAAGCCAUUUUAUGUAGCUGAGAUAUUUCGGAUGAUGAUGUUGUCGGCUGUACUCUAUCUGUUAUUUUGGGGAAAGUAUAAGCACGAUUACAGCUUACUGAGUGUCAUUUUGGUGUUAUCAAGUACAAUCUUUUGUGUCAAAGUUUGUGGUUGUAAUAGGUGGUGUUAGUGUGUUAUAACUCACCAUUCUCUGUUAUCUUUACAAUAUUAUGUCAGAUAUUUUACUUAGCAAAUAAAUAUAUUUCACUGCUACAG